AUGAGCCAAGAAGGUAGCGCUAAACGGGCAGAUUUCAAGUACAAAAUUGGGAAAAUUAAGCAUACGCCUCCUGUUUUGAAAGAUGUGAGGAGCGGGCUGGAAUUUAUUGAAUUAGAGAAGCGCGACGAUGAGAAGGUGUAUGGUGUAACGAAAUUUCUUGGAAAUUACAAGGAAGAGAAAAAGCUUGGGCAAGGAACGUUCGGUGAAGUAUACAGGGGCGUGCACUUGGCCACACAGCGGCAAGUUGCCAUGAAGAAGAUCCUGGUCAAAACCGAGAACGACCUAUUUCCGAUCACCGCGCAGCGGGAAAUAACCAUUCUGAAGCGGCUGAAUCACCGGAAUGUGGUCCAGCUGAUAGAGAUGGUUUACGACUAUCCACCGGCGCAGAAUGGGGCAGCAUAUGGCCAGGACUCGUCGCAGGCCUCUGCGUCCGCAGAUACCAUGAAAUCCUUUUACAUGAUCCUUCCUUAUAUGGUGGCUGACUUGUCUGGAAUACUGCAUAACCCACGAGUAACGCUAGAAAUGGCAGAUAUUAAAAAUAUGAUGUUACAAAUAUUAGAAGGCAUCAAUUAUAUCCACUGUAAGAAGUUCAUGCAUAGAGAUAUUAAGACCGCAAAUAUUCUUUUGGAUCACAAGGGCAUAUUGAAAAUUGCUGACUUUGGAUUGGCAAGGAACUACUACGGUGCACCACCCAAUUUGAAAUAUCCCGGUGGCGCAGGAACAGAUGCAAAAUACACAUCGGUCGUCGUCACUAGAUGGUACAGAGCUCCUGAGUUGGUAUUAGGUGAUAAAAAUUAUACAACUGCGGUUGAUAUCUGGGGGAUUGGAUGUGUAUUUGCCGAAUUUUUUGAGAAAAGGCCAAUACUGCAGGGGAAGACUGAUAUCGACCAAGGACAUGUCAUUUUUAAGUUGAUGGGCACGCCAAGCGAUUCUGAUUGGCAACUAGCGCGGUAUUUGCCGGGUGCAGAAUUAACAAGGACUAGUUAUGAACCCACAUACAAGGAAAGAUUUGGAAAGUAUCUGACCGAAAAGGGACUGGACUUGCUUUCAACGCUUCUUUCAUUGGAUCCUUAUAAGAGAUUGACAGCUAUGGCAGCCAUGCAACAUCCAUUUUUCUCCGAGGAUCCGCUCCCUAAGUUACAGCUCACUCUUCCCUGUGAAGAAAGUCAUGAAACAGACAUAGCGAGAUACGGCCAAGAGAUGCAGAAGACAGUUAGUAACCUUCCUCCCGCAGCGCCUUCCGGUCAUGCUGUGGAACAGAGUCAGACUCAGCAACAGUCUUCUCGUCAUCAUCAAUCUCAACCAUAUCAGUCACUACCGCCCCAAAAGUCUUCGCAGCCGCACCCGCAGCAGAUACCAGAAGCUGCGCCCGUGCAGCAGCCCUCUCAGCAGCCGCCCCAAGAGCCGUCAGCUCAUCAGCAGCAGUACUCAUCGCGGGGCCCACAACAGCACAGGACCACGCCUGCUCCCACAUCUCUUCCACCGAAACCAAAACCCGCUCCACCGGGGGCAAGGUACAAUAGGGAAGCUCCUCCUCAGAACAAGCCCGUCAAACCUCUCACCCGGCAUCUUGGUGCUCAAUACCAGCAUAACAAUUAUGGCAAUUAUUAUAACCACUGGCAGGGUGGUGAACGCUAUUAUGAAACAUAUAACGAUGGGUAUCCCCACGCAGACCGGUAUUCGGAUGAUACUCAUUAUAAUGGUUACGGGUACAGAUCGAGGGGCUACCAGAGGUACGAUAUGCGCAGAGAAGGUGAGAGCAGAUAUAACCAGCGCCCGUAUGCUCCCCAGCAAGGAGCUGCAUAUAGACCCAAUCGACGUGACACAUACAAACUUGUCGAUAGAACAGGACAGCCGUACCCUCCGGAGCGUGUCCCAAAUCCAGAACUGCAUCCUUCCCCCGCCCCCCGUCCUAAACGCACGCUAACCAACACGACACAGUUGUCGUCGCAUUCUUCGGCAGCAACUGGGUCAACUGCCGCUUCUGGUUCAGCUGUCUCGAACUCGUCUGAGCCAGUACGCCGAUCUUCUACAGCCUCGCUGGAUAAUAGCGAAUCUGGCAACAUUUUACAGCAGAAACCCCCUCCUCCUGUCGCGAACCCACUAGAGGCGCGUAUCUAUGGGCGCGAUGAGGUCCAGUCCAACCACCCCGGUGGGCGACUGUAUCCACGCUCUACCCCAGACUCUAAGAACUCUGAAGGUGCUGCUCCCAGCGAGGCAAGUACAGAUCCUACAAAAAGAAACAUAGUUGAUUACUAUUAG